UUUCCAGCGUCCCAUAGAGGAACUUGAAGCCCGUUGGAGCGCUCUUAGCGCGCAUCUUCGCUUUCCCUCAGACAUGUCUGCUGUUAGCAGCAGCUCCAGCGACGGGCAAAGUGAAGGCGCCGUGGGCCCACAGGUCCGCCUGUUUGACCGCCGCUCCGACCAGGCAACAGAAGAAGAGAAACGUCUGCAUGUCCGAGGCAGCUUUGCACUGUUCCGAGAAGAUGUCUGCCAGGCUUUUGGAAUACCUUCCGAUGAAAUGUUUGUUAUCACCACAACAAACAGAAAAGCAGUCACAGAAACCAACUUUAGUGUGGCUAUCAGAGAGGGCACAACAUUGUACAUUCUCAAGUCUACUGACCAAUUACUAAUUUUAUCAACAAAAGAGAAAAUUGAAUUUUUACCGCACUAUGAUACAUUGGUAAAAAGUGGAAUGUAUGAAUAUUAUGCCAGCGAAGGACAAAAUCCAUUGCCUUUUGCACUGGCGGAGUUAAUUGAUAAUUCACUUUCGGCUACAGCUAAUAAUCGAGGUGUUCGAAACAUUCAAAUAAGAUUGAUAUUUGAUGAAACACAAGGAAAGCCGGCAGUUGCUGUCAUCGAUAAUGGAAAAGGAAUGAACUCAACACAACUUAAAAACUGGGCUGUAUAUCGUUUGUCAAAGUUUACAAGAGAAACUGACUUAUUAAGCGAUGAAGUAUCCUAUGUUCGUCCUCCACCAAUGCUUCGUAGCCUUAAUAGUGACAUCUCCUAUUUCGGUGUUGGUGGAAAGCAAGCAGUGUUCUUUGUUGGUCAGUCUGCUAGAAUUAUCACCAAGACAUUGGACUCACAGGAUGUUCAUGAAUUUGUACUCUCCAAGGACGAUUUUGAGCAGAAAGAAAAAAAUAAAGAAUUCAUUUACAGUGGCUUCAUUAGAAAUAGAAAGCCAGCUGAUUCUACUCAUGUAACAGAUGACGAACGCUUCCUUCAUAACCUUAUUCUGGAAGAGAAAGGAAAAGAUAAUUUUACAGCCGUAAUUAUAACUGGAGUACAACCUGAGCAUAUACAGUACUUGAAGAAUUUCUACCAUUUAUGGACAAGGCAAUUAACGCACAUCUAUCAUUAUUACAUUCAUGGACCACAAGGAAAUGUAUUGAAUGUUGCCAAAGGAAAUACAAGACCAGGAAGCAAUAUUGACAUUGAGAUCUACAUGUUUGAGAAAGGGAAGUUACCCCGGAUUAUUAACCUUAGAGAGAUCAAAGAUGAUAUGCAAACACUUUACAUCAACAGUGCAUCCGAAAGUUUUGAGUUUAAAGCACUUGUUGGGGGAGAUGGCGUUGUUGAGGGGAUUAUACGUUAUCAUCCAUUUUUGUAUGACAGGGAAACCUAUCCAGACGAUCCAUAUUCUUCCUCAAGGGCUGGUGAAGACAGUGAUGACACAGAUGACGAAUGCUUCAUAAUUGAAAAGGGAGGUCGAGGGAAAAGACCAAUAUUUGAAUGUUUCUGGAAUGGCAGACUGAUUCCUUACACUACAAUUGAAGAUUUUGAUUGGUGUGCUCCCCCAAAGAAGAGGGGGCUGGGUCCGUUGGAGUGCUAUAACCGAAUCUCUGGCGUGUUGUUUACCAAUGACAAGUUUCAAGUCAGUACUAAUAAACUGACUUUUCUAGACCUAAGUUUGAAGCUGCAAGAAAAAAACACACUCUUUACAAGAAUAAUUAAUGGACAGGAGCAGAGGAUGAAAAUAGACAGGGAAUUUGCAUUCUGGGUGAAGGAAUGCCAUGAAAAAUAUGACAAGCAGAUAAAAUACAUUGGAUACAAAGGUACCAUCACACGCACAGACGUUGCCUCAAAACGUAUGCAAAGUUCUUGGGCCACCUACUCGUCCAUAGAAUGGGAUGGAAAGGCAUACAGAUCUGGGCAACUGGUAAAAACUGUGAAAACUGUGCCUUUAUUCUAUGGAAGCAUAGUAAAGUUUCUUCUACACGGAGAUCAUGAAGGUGAUGUUUACGCUACAGGAGGCGAGGUUCAAAUUGCUUUGGAACCUAAAGAAUUAUAUGAUGAAACAAAAUGCGUCCCGAUUUCAAAACUUGACAGACAUGUGUCAAUAGCUUCAAUUAAGAAAUACUUGGAAGAUGAAAUGGCUCGGUUCCCCACGUCAUUGUCGGUGACAUGGCCUGAAGGAGACGCCUUACAAGAGAAUGAUGAGAAAGAUGCGGGAACCCCGAUAGGUGCUUUAAAAGUUGAAAUAUUGAACAAGAAAGGUGAGCCAAUGCAGAAACUUCCAGGUUCAAGCCAUGGCACAGCAAAGAAACUCUUAGUGGAACUGAAAGUGAUUUUACAUUCUCCGAGUGGCGAUAAAGAAGUUAUUUCCCACAUCAGUCAGCAUGGUGGAAAAUGGCCUUACUGGUUUAAAAAAAUGGAAAACAUCACUAAGCUUGGAGAGUAUACCCUGAAACUUCAGGUUGUGCUGAAUGAGAGUAAUGCUGAUAUGCAUGCUGGAAGACCACUGCCAUGUAAAAAUAUUCUGUUUAAAGUAGUAGAGGGUAAACCAGUCAAGUUUUCCGUUGGUAUUUUGGAGCCUCCUUUUCGGGUCGGCGUGCCUUUCAACAUACCACUGGACUUGCAUGAUGAAUUUGGUCAUUCAACAUCACCCGUGAUUGGAAUUAAACCAGUUCUUGAAGCUAGUGACCUUACAGUUGGUUAUGAAUCAUUAAGGAUUGACCCUGGAUUUACUAUCAAAGGUGUUAUUGCUAGAGGAAGGCUGGACAACCACCAAGGCAAGAAUUUCAUACUGAAGGUAACACUACCUGGAUUAAAAGAGGACACUCAGAAUAUCAAGCUACGGUUACUACCUGGGCCGCCAAAGAAACUAAAUGUGGCUCCGGAUUCUGAUGUCUUGUUUAUAGAGAAUGGGACACCUUUCCCUUUCCGCGUUGAAGUCUUAGAUGAGUCCAACAAUAUUACAGUGCAGCCUAAAUUAGUAGUUCAGUGCAAGUUCUCUGGAGCUUCAGAUCUCCCGGUUUACACGCUAGAUUGCAGCAAUACAGGAACUGGCAUUUUAACAGGCCUUGCUAUUAGAGUCCAGGAUAUAAAGAAAGUACAAACACUGAAAGCAAGGAUUGAAAUAGUAGGAUGUAAACAAGUAAAAGCUGUGGAGAAAACUAUAAAACUUCAACCCAGCACCCGCGUGGCAAAACUUCUAAUUUUAUGUGUCGAUGGUGAAAAGGCAAUCCAAAUUAAACAUAAAGAUGAGAUUGAAUGGGUUGCAGGUGACACCAUGCAGAAUCUUAUUUUUCAGUUGUAUGAUGAAGGUGAUAGAGAAAUUAAUAUUACUUCAGAACUUGCUGAAAAAGUCAAGGUUAAUUGGACCCCCAAUGUUCCCAAGGAGAAUUUGGUGAAAGGGCUUUUGCCUGAUGUUGAAGUAUCAAAUUCAGUGAAGGACAUUCGCUAUUGUCAAGUGUCUUUUCAUGAUGAUCAUGUAUCUCUGGAAAGUGCAUUUACUGUCAAGCCUCUUCCUGAUGAGCCAAAGCAUUUGAAAUGUGAACUGAAAGGAACUAGCGAUGUUCAAAUGGGUGAAGAGCUGAAAAGUGAAAUUGAAUUAAUGCUUACAGACCAAUUUGGUAAUAAAAUACAGUCACUGUCCUCUUCGUGUGUGAGUUACCUGGGUGUUUCAGGACCAAACCUUGACAAAAGCAAUUUAAAAAUGACAUACCAGGAGGCCACACAGUCUAUGUUCGUCACUGGGAUAAAAUUUCACAUUGGUCCUCCAGAGGAUAAAGAACUCUGCUUUGCAUGGCGCUCCUUUUCAUGUUACACAAGACUAAGUCUUGUUGCCGGUGUUCCUGCCAUGUUGGAUGUGGUAGACUGGCCAAAAACAGAGUCAAUUAUAACAGUCACUGGAAAGCCAUUGGAAAAGCCUCUUAUUGUCCAGCUGUGUGAUGCAUGGGGCAAUCCAACUUUAGAACCAAAUGUGAAAAUUGUUCUGGUUAAAGACAAUGCACUUAAGAUGAGUCCUCAGCAGCAUCAUCAACAUCUGAAAACUAAUACUGAAGGUCGCGUGGACAUGGGCUUGCUUACAUUUACUGCUCCAAGGGGAGACUAUUGUUUACAGCUAAAGGCCACACAUAACAAAAAUACUCUGGAAAGCCACAAAAUAAUGCUGAAAAUUACCCCUAAUCCCGAUGAGCCUUCACACGUUGCAGUUAAAUUUGACAAAGGGGCUGAAUUAGCGGCUGGGAACAUUUUUCCAGAGUUUGUGGUUAGCAUUGUGUCCGAAGAUAACCAAAUUAUUAAAAAGCUUAAUCAAGCUAACUGUACCAUGCAAAUGUGGAAGUAUCGGACGCCCGAGGCAAGACCGCCUGCAAAUGCAUCCACAUUUCAUUGCAGUAAGUCAAAAGGCAGCGACAUGGAAGGUUGCUUUUACUUUAGGGACAAAAUGAUACCAGAUCGUGUUGGGAAAUAUUGUAUCCAAUUUGUGUUCCUUUCUGAGAAAAACACUCUUCUCAGCGAACAGUUGGUAAUAGAUGUUGUUCCGAAUAUUCCUAUGAACUUGGUACCGCACCCACAGCCUGCAACGCCUGCUGUAUCGAAUGUUAAAGAUGAGUUCAGCCGAACCCUGGUGAAAAAUCUGUCGCUAAAGACUGUGGAUGAGCAUAACAACAUAGCAGGAGCAAAUCUGAAUGGCAAGAUCAUUGCUAAGAUAAUAUGCGCCGCAGAGGAUAACACAGAGAUUCCACAGUUUGAGUCUAAAGUUGAUGAAGUUGAGUUUCCAUUUACAAACGGAUCAGCUGAGAUCGACAGACUUGUUCUUGUUGAAAACAGUCCUGGGAAGGAUAGUUCUGAAUACCAGAUCAUGUUCACGCUUGUAUCACCUUCCAUGAAAGACCUGAAAUUGGAUCCAUAUUGCCUACCAUUUAUGUUUUAUAAUGAUUUCCAGAAACAGCAACAGAUGGCGGAGCUUACGAAGGAAAAAGAUCGACUCUCACUAUCCGUUACAGCUUACAGGUGCUUAUUUGACACCACAAAUCAGCUUAUCGAUGAAAUAAAAUGUCAAGCAGAUGAAGCUAAAGCCAAAGAGAUGCACCUGAUGACUGAAUUAAAGAAAAUGGAAAUAAAAUUACCAUCUAAAAUCCAGGCUGAACACGUUGAUGCUGUCAUAAAAGACAAGAGCACAGAAAAAGAAGCACUAAUGAGCCAGCCUAGAAGAAAAUGUUCACUUCCACAAUAUCCAAAGAGUAGUACAGAUAUCUUAGGAAAGAUUGCUCACUUAGCUCUAAUUGAAGAUGAUGAAGCAGCAAAAGUCAUCUCUUGGCAUCUGGCUAGUGACAUGGACUGUGUUGUGACCUUGACCACAGAAGCUGCACGAAGCAUUUAUAAUGAGACACAGGGCCGCCAGCAAGUUUUGCCUUUGGAUUCCAUUUAUCAAAAGACUCUCCCGGUCUGGGACAGGACAUUACCACACAUACGAAAUGGAAGGAAGGAAUUUACACCACUUGGUAAUCCGGUGUAUGCUAGAGAUCUUUUGGUAUUCCCUGAAAAUACUCAGCAUUGCCAGAAAGUUUUCGGUAUGCUUUUAGGUGAUACCAUCCUCUUGGAUAAUUUAGAUGUGGCUAAUAAUUAUAGAAGACAGCUUGUGAAGUUUACAUACUGCCCAACACUGCUCACCAGAGACGGAGACCGGAUCCGCAGCAAUGGAAAGUUUGGAGGUCUGCAAAAUAAAGCACCUCCUUUGGACAAACUUAGGGGAAUGGUGUUUGGCGCUCCUCUGCCCAAAGAGUGUGACAGACUGUGUAGUGAAAUAGAUCUAUUACAGCAAUACCGCUCUGCGGUUGUCAAGAGAAACCUUGUAAAUAUGGAGCUUAGUCAACAACUUGAAACCAUGCAAUCUUCAGAAAUGCAGCAGAAGAAAAAGGAACUGGAUGACCAGGAGAAACAUCUAAAGGAUAUAGAAAAGAAACUAGGAAUGACACCAAAAGGUAGAAGCAUGGGUGCUGUAAAAGCUUCUGAAAGAGACAUGUCUGAUUCCCCAAUACCUACAAAGCGCAUGAGAAGAGAGAUUACAAAAAGGACAACUAGGUGAAAAAUGAACAGGUCUGUCCAUUUACUAUGAAAAAAAUCAGAUUUUGGUUGAAAAGAAUCCAAUACAUUGGCAGCAGAUGAAGUAGAAGGGCAUACAAAGCAUAAUUAGCUAAAAAAGCAAA